AUGAGAUUCUUAAAUUACCUGAACAAUACACCUUAUCGUCCUCGAAGGAUCCUGUGCGUGUCCAAGUUGACCUCGUUGGAGUACCUGCGAUCCCAGAAUCCCGAUCUGAACGUGGAUCAAAUAUUGUCGAAGAUGAAGAGAGAGGGCCAGAAUCCGGAUGAUAUCCUCGCCGAGCAUCAACGACAGAUUGCUUGCGAGCAAAAUCUGAUAUCGGUCCUCAACAAGCUCGACAUCAGUUUUCGUAUCACGAAAAGAAUGGGAAUCGCGUCGAGAUUCAUGAAUUGGGCAGACUUGGUGAUCACGAUAGGCGGGGACGGCAUGUUCCUUCUAGCCUCGAAAUUAAUUACGAACAACAGGAAGCCUGUAUGCGGGAUCAAUCCAAAUAUCUCGAAGAAGAACACUUUCACGGUCCCUUCGAAGUACGUGGCCGAUAUCGAGCGCAUAUUCGAGAAACUGUACAAAGGAGACUACGAUACAUUGAUGAGGAGUCGUAUAAAAACGAUAAUGGUCGGGGAGGGACUUUUUAGACGACCCUUUCAUAUACACGAGAAGAGCCGCGAGUUCGGGGAGAGAAGACACAAAGUUCUUACACGAUCGAUACAAAGGAAAAUAGAGGACUCCCUUCAACCCCGUGAGAGGACCUUACCUUGGCUGGCGUUAAACGAAGUGUUUAUAGGAGAAUUUUUGGCAGCAAGACCGAUUACAUUAUUCCUUGAUAUCGAGGAACAAAAAUCGUACAAAAUUCGAUGUUCAGAUGACGCCAAAGGAUCUUUAGAAGAAGAUGAGGAGUAA